AUAUAUUGACCAUGGCUGCCGUUGCUCUGCACUCACAGCCUGAGUAAGUGCAUCCUGCCUCUUGCCACUGACUUACAGCGCUUGAGAGACUUUGACGGAGAACCUGUGAAGGAGGCAGCACCGAGAGCGAAUCAUGGCGGACUCCAGCUGCCACACCAUGACACCCCUGGCCCACGCUUUAUCGCAGACUGAACUGGACCUGAGUGAAUUGAGUGAAAGUUCUCCCACUCGCAGCGCUCAGCUGCAGACAUGUCGGAGGAGAAAGUUGUCGAGCUGCAGCUCGCUGGAGACCAUCGAGCGUGUGCCUUCACACACCGCCGAGAGGAGGGUCCUGGUCCUCAACACCGGGGGAACCAUCGGGAUGACCAUACAACAUGACGUGCUCGCACCAACAGCCAAUGCACUGGUGAACAGCCUGCGCAAGCUGCCCAUCCUCCAUGAUGCGUUGUAUGCCGAGCAGACUGGCCUGUAUGAAUACUAUUCGUACGAGGACACCCUGGUCCUGCCGAAUCCGGCGUCCAGCCAUUGUGACCAGCCAUUUCAUGGGUUGUCUAAAGACAAAAAGAGGAUCAUCUACACUAUCUUAGAGUACAACCCUCUGCUGGACUCCUCAAAUAUGACCACAGAUGACUGGGGGAAAAUUGGAAGGGACAUUGAGAAAAACUAUGAAAACUACGAUGGCUUCGUGAUCCUUCAUGGCACAGACACGAUGGCCUACACAGCCUCCGCCCUGUCCUUCAUGUGUGAACAUCUGGGCAAACCGAUCGUUCUCACUGGCUCACAGGUGCCGAUCUUUGAGAUGAGGAACGAUGGCAGAGGCAACCUGCUGGGGGCGCUGCUGAUCGCCGGCCAGUUUCUCAUUCCUGAGGUGUGUCUGUAUUUCUACAACAAACUCUACCGAGGGAAUCGCGUGACCAAGGUGGAUUCUGGGAGUUUCAAUGCAUUCUGCUCUCCUAACCUUGCUCCACUGGCCACAGUUGAAGUGGAUAUUAAAAUCAACUGGGAUACGGUUUGGAGGCCAAACACCACAGCAAAGUUUCAAGUCAGCACCAAGCUGAACCGUAACGUCGGCCUGCUCAGGCUCUUCCCAGGAAUCACCUCUGGCACUGUGAAGGCUUUCCUGCAGCCGCCCAUGAUGGGCGUGGUCCUGGAGACCUAUGGCAGCGGAAACGCUCCCGACAACCGCCCUAAACUGCUACAGGAGCUGAAGAAGGCCACUGACUCUGGCGUCAUCAUCAUCAACUGCACGCAGUGUCUGAGGGGCACUGUGUCCGCAUCGUACGCCACUGGAAAGGUGUUGAUGGAGGCCGGGCUGAUAGUUGGUGGUGAUAUGACUCCAGAGGCUGCCCUGUCAAAGCUGUCCUAUGUGUUGGCCAAGACGGAGCUUGAUCUAGAAGCCAAGAAAAAGAUGAUGGGUCAGAACCAGCGAGGUGAAAUGAGCGUCGACUUAGUGGGAGCCAAGCUGUGUCUCAGCGACAGCCGCUUCAUCCAGGUCAUCGCUAAGUGUCUGAGCGUCAGCUGCAAGGAGGAGCUGGAAGCCAUUCGUGACGCUCUGACUCCUCCACUGGCUUGUGCUGCCGCUAAGAUCGGAGACAUAGACGCUUUAAAAGCCCUAAGAGAAAUGGGCACCAACCUGUGUCACGGAGACUACGACGGACGUACACCCCUGCACAUCGCGGCCUGCGAGGGCCACUUGGAUCUGGUGGCGUAUCUUCUGGGUCAGGGAGCUACAGUCUACGCUAAAGAUCGCUACGGGGAUACACCCCUGUGCAAUGCUGUACGCUUCAGACACAAGGAGGUCGUGAAGCUGCUGAGAAAGACCGGAGCUCACUUCUCCAGAGACAAGCUGGAGGAAGCAGGAACAGAGCUGUGCAGCCUGGCAUCCAUCAGUGACCUGGAGGGCCUGGAGAUCUGGAGCCUUGCUGGAGCUGACCUGACCAAACCAGGCUACGACGGACAGACGGCACUUCAAGUGGCCCAGGCUGUCGGCAAAACGGAAGUAGUGGCGUUUUUAGCUCAGUUCUUGAAUAAAAAACACCAGACAGUAUUUGGUGAAUUUAAUUCAGAUGAUGAGGAGGAGACUGGCGGAGUGAUCCAGUUCGACGCCACGCCUCCAGCACUGUGAGGUGACGCUGCCUCGACCGACAGGAAGCCGCCCUCCUUUUGCGUCCACUUCCUUCCCGAGCCGUCCUCCACACGCCGUCCACCCUCCUGCUGAAUGUCACUUGCACUCACUUUUGAAUCUGUUUUUUUUGUUUGUCAUUGAAAGCCAAUCACUGCUCACACGAGAGCCAUUUAAGAAUUGUGCAUGAAGAGCAACAAUGUUUGUACAUGUACAUACAUGCAUAGGAAAUGUAUUAUCAUGCUGAAUGUUUUAAUUGUAAUUUGUGUCUAUGAACACAGAACAACAGAGUUAUUGUUCUGUCAAGUCAGGGAAUUCAGAGCUUCACCUGAGCUGUUCUGUCACGGAGACCGCUGAAACUUCCCAUGACUCCAUGAACAGCGAAGGAUGGCGAUGAAUAUAAUUUUUUUUUUUUUAGCAAACAAACUUGAAAAGAGCACAUUACUUAAAUAAGUAUUGUCGUACUGUUCUACAGCAAUAUAUUCAUGACAUCUAAGAAGCACAGGGUACCUUCACAGAUCUUAUUUUUAUUGUUAUUUUUAUAGUAAGAUGCUGCAAAGUAUUUAGUUUUCUGGAAUAUGAGCCAACUGUAGCACUUGACUCGGGUCUAAAGUACUAAAGUCCGGUCUCGAAGCUGAGGUUCUCACUUCCGUCUGCUCAAACAGGCAUAACAAAACCUGCAGUCACCUUCCAGACCCAUCCAGCCUGUUUCUUCGUGCCGUUGUCGAGCUGGAAGAGUCACAUCUCUCUUUUGAAAUGUAAAUGAAGAAGUUCAAUCGAAAACCCCCGUCAAACCAACCCUGAUUGUCGUCUGUCUUGUAUUUUCUUUGUGUGUGUUGAUCACAAACACGUGACUUGUUUUUUUGUACGAGUAAACGUCUAACAGCGCUGUCCUGUAAUGUGAUACAAUUUACUCUGUAAACCGUCCAUGUCCAUUUCUUUUCACGCUUUGAUGUAAGAAAAUUACAUAUGACUUUAAGUUGCAAAUACAUAUUAAUUGCUUGAAAUUAGCGGUUUUCACUGCUGUUAUUGUCCCAAUUUUGUGUAUUUUAAAAAUGCAAAAUCAUGUGUGUGUGAAGCUGAUUCAGUGGUGUGUUUCUCCAAUGAAAAAUAAAUCUCUUGUUUGAAA